CCGAUAUUUCCUCUCUGCCGACUGUCGCUCAGCUGCACCAGUGCAAUGCCCGGGCUGCAACACUAGCGAGCACAUUUAGCCUCUCUUCUCAUCGCCCCUCCGACGAGGAAAGCCCUCGCAGCUUUUCUACUCUCCUUCCCCCCCUUUUUUUUUUUCUCCUUUUCUUUUCCCUUUUCUCGGGCGAACCGCGCCGGCCUUUUCGGACAUGCCUAACAUCGUGCUUUUUAGCGGGAGCUCCCACCACGAUCUCUCGCAGAAAGUGGCGGAUCGGCUCGGGCUGGAGCUGGGGAAAGUCAUCACGAAGAAGUUCAGCAACCAGGAAACUUGCGUGGAAAUCGGAGAAAGUGUGCGUGGCGAGGAUGUGUACAUCGUGCAGAGCGGCUGCGGCGAGAUCAACGACAACCUGAUGGAGCUGCUGAUCAUGAUCAACGCCUGCAAGAUCGCGUCGUCGUCCCGCGUCACCGCCGUCAUCCCCUGCUUCCCCUACGCCCGGCAGGACAAGAAGGACAAGAGUCGAGCCCCCAUAUCGGCCAAGCUGGUGGCAAACAUGCUGUCUGUGGCCGGAGCGGACCACAUCAUCACCAUGGACCUCCACGCAUCUCAGAUACAGGGCUUUUUCGACAUCGCUGUAGACAACCUGUACGCUGAGCCUGCCGUCCUGCAGUGGAUUCGGGAAAACAUUCCCGAGUGGAAAAACUGUAUCAUCGUGUCUCCGGACGCUGGGGGAGCAAAGCGCGUGACGUCCAUCGCAGACCGCCUCAAUGUGGACUUCGCUCUCAUCCACAAAGAGAGGAAGAAGGCCAACGAGGUGGACCGCAUGGUGCUGGUCGGCGACGUCAAGGACCGCGUGGCCAUCCUGGUGGACGACAUGGCCGACACGUGCGGCACCAUUUGCUAUGCCGCCGACAAGUUAAUCGAUGCUGGAGCCGUGAAGGUCUACGCCAUCCUCACGCACGGCAUAUUCUCAGGUCCGGCCAUCUCCCGCAUCAACAACGCCCCGUUCGAGGCCGUGGUGGUGACCAACACCAUCCCGCAGGAGGAGAAGAUGAAGGCGUGCCCCAAAAUCCAGGUCAUCGACAUCUCCAUGAUCCUGGCGGAGGCUAUCAGGAGAACCCACAACGGCGAGUCAGUGUCCUACCUCUUCAGCCACGUACCUUUGUAGAGAAGAAGAGGCGGGGCGGCCCUCUCCGCUCCCCUCUCCUCUCCUCUGUUCUUCUCAUCUCAUCGGGCCACUCUUCUGGCACUUUUGACCACGUGUCCUCCAGAAAGGCCUCGGCUAGCCAACCACACGUGACUUUGAAAAGGUCACGGCCACACAUUGUGUUUGACAUUUCCACCCAGCAGACAGAGCCGAACAUCACCUCCUUUUACAGAGACCAAGUUUGUAUUUAUGAGCAUCUGUUCCUUUUUUUUUCUUUUGCUCCUUUCUCUUGUUUCAUUCUUGCUAGCAUGAACCCCAGAGGCCUGGCCCCCACUUUAACCCCAGGGACCAGAGUGUAACACAGCCUAUUGCUUGUAUUAAACCACCUUUAAAUGAGACAUUCCACUUCAUGUGAUUAGAGACAUUUUCAACAUGAGAACACGCACCUUCCUCCUCUUCAAGUAUUUACUUUAACAGCGUCAACUAGCUAACACUCUUGAUUGUAUUAACGCUUAGCGACAUCACCAGGCCCCCAGAGUAGCUUAAAAACUGCACGACAAGACGACAACGACUGAACACGCCAUCUCCCCUUCAGCCUUCUAAUUCAUAACUAGCUAAGCGUUUCUAAAAAUGAAUGCGAGGUGUAGUGGGCAUUUAGCCCACGUAUUCAAAAGGUCACAAAAAGUAAUUGAGCCCAAAGCUUUGUUAUGGUAUUGUUAGAUUUCAAGCGCGCGACAGGCACCGCUUCCUUCCGGCAGGUUUUCUUCAGAAGUCAGUGAAAAAUUGUGACUUUUUUUUUUUUUUUUUAUAUGUAACACUUCAAGCUGUUUUGAAAAUAAAGCUUUGACAAUGGCUUACAACUGA